CACCCCUGCAAAGCCAAAUAGGCAGCUGAGGGAGCCAACCGCUUGUGUCAUCUUGAAGCCAUUAGACCAAUUGCAGGGUGAAGGGGGAGGGAGCUUGCCGCACUGAUCUCUGUUUGCAGCAUCCCUAGAGCAGCCUCUGUUGUGUGAAAUACAAGAAAGGGCAAGACGGGGGGAGUAGAUCCUAGGAGGCAAUCUGAGAACGGGUAGGGGAUCUCUCAGAGGCUGGCGGGACAGGGUAACUUUGGUGCGUGGAGUCCAUCUUCAGAGAAAAUGGCUGUUUUGUCAAUGUAAACAGCCUGAGCAGUACCUGCAUUGCUAAAGGGGGAAUACAGAGGAAGAGGAGGAGGAGGGGCAGACACUGGAGGAAAUGCUGCCUCUUCCAAUGAAAUUUUCCCCUCUGAAGCCAGCCCCGGCCUGCCGCAGCUCACCUCUGAAGUCAUGCAUGUUGUAUGUUAAGGUUCAGCAGACCUCCAGCCAGAGGGACUAAAACCUCUAUAAACCAUGAGACACACUAGACGUUGAGUGUCACAACAACAUCCACACAGAUAUUUAAAAUAGAUCCUUCAGUUGAAACAGUUACACCUGACCAUGGCUGUAACUGCGGCAAAGACAACGGCAGGGUUUUUCCCCACACCUGCCACGACCACCACGGCCCCCUUCCUCUCGACGAGCUUGAGCGCCAGAGACAAUGUCACCUCCAGGACAACGUUAAUGACUGUUACUAUAACGGCAAACGAAACCAGCUUCAAUGCCACCACGUUUCCUGAGGCGAUGACCGAGGGCUCGGGGAUGGGAAUGGUUCUUGUACCCUUUGGCAUCAUCACUGUCAUUGGCUUAGCGGUGGCAAUUAUGCUGUAUAUUCGAAAACGGAAGAGGCUGGAGAAGCUGAGGCACCAGCUCAUGCCCAUGUAUAACUUUGACCCGGCUGAAGAACAAGAUGACCUGCUGGAACAGGAACUGCUGGACCAUGGCCGGGAGGGCAGCCUCGCAGGUCCCAAUGCCAAGUUUUGACAAAGGCAAACAUGACUCUCACAACUUCCCAGGGGACCACACAGAGGCCCAGUCGUCUGGUCUUCACAGAUGUCGCCAAAGCUCUCAACGCCUAGCAGCUCUCUUCCAGAAGUUGACACACAGACUGUCCGCUAAGGACAGAAAAACAAAGGGACAACUGGACUGUUUCUGGGAACAACUUGAGCUUUGGUGAAUGAUUUCAGCACUAAAACACGAUACCUGGAAUGGCAGCGGUUUUCAGAUUAUGGGAAAUAAAAACAGGGUGCAUGUACGAUAAGGGAGCAUAACGGGAGGCGUCACGUAUGAUCUUGCACUGUUAUUAUUGGCACAUGAAUGCAGUGUGAUGCACAUUUCUUGAAUCAUGUUGUGUCAUUGCUGUUAAAAUGUUUGGUAGCUUUUCAGCUGAGUUCUUCUGAGCUUCAGUAUCUACUUCCAUGUUUGAUAAGGGAGAAGUGUAAAUUUGUGUCAUACUGAUUUUGUGGUCUUGCGUCUCUUGACGAGCUUGAACACUGGAUGUGUCACCA